AUGUCCUUGCUGGUUAAGAAAACCAUGAGCGGCCAUGAGUACAAGGUGAAGGACCUUUCGCAGGCGGACUUCGGGCGGCUGGAGAUCGAGCUGGCAGAGGUGGAGAUGCCAGGACUAAUGGCCUGCCGGGCAGAAUUCAGGCAAUCACAGCCCUUAAAGAGAGCCAAGAUAACAGGAUCCCUCUAUAUGACCAUCCAAACCGCCGUCCUCAUAGAGACCCUCGCCGCCCUCGGUGCCGAGGUCCGGUGGUGCUCCUGCAACAUCUUCUCCACCCAAUACCAUGCCGCCGCCACAAUAGCCCGUGACAGCGCCUCAGUCUUCGCCUGGAAAAGAGAAACCCUCCAGGAGUACUGGUGGUGCACCGAUUGCGCCCUCAACUGGGGUCCGGACGACGGCCCGGACCUCAUCGUGGACGACGGCGGUGACGCCACCCUCCUCAUCCACGAGGGCAUCAAAGCCGAAGAUCACUACAAUAAAACGGGUCAGCUUCCCGAAACAGUUAACAGUGAGUUCCGAAUCAUGCUUUCCAUAAUAAGGGAAAGGUUGAAGACCGAUCCAAAGAGGUACCACAAAAUUAAAGAGAGGCUAAUUGGGGUUUCUGAGGAAACAACGAGUGGGGUUAAGAGGCUUUAUAAAAUGCAAGCCAAUGGAACCCUUUUGUUCCCUGCAAUCAAUGUGAACGACUCUGUCACAAAGAGCAAGUUUGAUAACUU